AUGAAUAGCAUGUGCAAAAGGUAUACGUUGAGACGAUUCUGUGGUACGGUUUUUCUUGAAUUUUUUAUUAUCCAAAAAAGUGAAGUGAAGAGAAGCUUACAUAUAGUAACAGCCGAUGUCGUAGUCAGAGACCGAAUAAACGCAACUUUGGAGGUUGAAGAGCGCAAGAUUGAAGAAAUGUUGUAUCCGAAGAUAUUAGCGAAAAAUGAAGUUGUUCAAAGGAAAACCCUGAAAAUCUUUAACAACGGAAACACAAUCAGGCAUUCAUCAACACUGCUGGAACUAUCUACAAGAAGAUUCAGGAUGAAAUCAGAAAUGUAUCAAAUGAGUCUUUUGGAAUUAAAGUUGGAUGUGUUAAAAAAUAUCAAAGCAUGUCAAGGGACGAAAAUGGCUUCCAUUUCUCAUAGGGGUAUUUCUGAUUCCUCCAUUGCUUAUGUUUUCUGCUGCAAGUGUUGCAUUUGGAGGUAUGCCUUUAAAUUUUAA